CAUCUCGCUUUCUUGAGACAUGUCUUGGUUUUAGACUCCUGCAGUGACCCAGAGGACCUUAUUCCUUAUUUAAGCUGCCCAUCUGCUUCUAGUGCAUUAUCUAACCACUCAGGUCAGCACCAUUUAGACUACGAUCUUGUUUCCUUUUUCAUGUCUCCGUCUCCUCAUCACUGCUCCGCUGCGGUGAGUCUCUGCUCAGAUAAGAAUCUGCCUUUUUUGAACAAGUGGAGCAAACACACAGGGACGGGGCCAGCUGAUGAUCCAUGAAGAUUAGAAGGGUUGAUGGGACUGAUUUUUAGAAAGAAAAAAAAGAAAGAAAAAAAAAGAAGAAGAAAAACAUGCAGGCACUUUUUGGGAACACCUGUGCUAUCCAGUCCUACAUGUCUACUAAAUCUUAUCGCUAACUGCCAUGAAGGUGUUCGGAGGUUUGGUGUGGAUCCUUGUGGCCUCGACUAAAAUCCCCGACACCAACCCGCUGGGCUGGGUGAUGUUUGUGUCCGUCUUCUGCUUCAUAGGGACGACGCUCUGGUUCUUCUUCUUCCUCUGCGGAGCCAAUCAGAGCAGCAUCUGGCCCGGCCUGGAUGUGGCCUAUCAUUUUGUAGCAUCUGUUUUCUACCUCAGUGCCUCGGUGAUUCUGGCCUAUAUCACCUUUCGUACUGCCAAUUUUGCAUCUAUAUCUGACGAAUUACUCAAAAUCUACCGACUGGACAUUUCUGCAGUGGUGAUGUCCUAUCUGGCCACACUGCUCUACUUCCUUCACACCAUUUUCUCUGGCAUUCGAUGGAAGAGGUCCUAAAAUAAAACACUCAGCACAGAGAGAGAAGAUUAAAAUAAGAAGAAAUCAGACAUGCUCUCAAUUGACUGAUCCCAGAAUAUUUUGUUCUUAGUUGUUUAACCUUUUUAUUUUCAUGUCAGCGAGAACGACCUUUGAACCAAAGUGCCCAACUUGACACAUAUUAACGAGAGGAAAACAAGCAUGUGCUUGAUAAAUGUUGGUCCUGUAAAGUAAAGACUGCAAAACGCUGCAAGACAGUUUAUUCUUUUUUGUUAAUCAGAGAUGCCGUGGUGUGGUAGAGUAAAUGUAUGCAAUGUAACGAUGUUUAAGACUGUAUUUGUCAGAAUUAAAUGUGAUAUAAAGACGGUG